AGAAGGAGGUACGCGAACGCAUCACGUAAAACAAAACAGAUGCCACAGAGGACGUCUGGUGAGAAACAGCCUCCUCCUCUGUGAGUGUGUGAGAGACCACACACAUCUAGACGGCCCUAGUGAGUUUGCUCCAACCGAGGUUAAGCCAGUUAUACUGACAAUAAUCACAAAAGAGUUGUGAAGAAAACAACAACAACAACAACAACAACAUCAACAUCAACAGGGUUUCUCUGCCUCACAAGGUUGAGCUCACCAGGCGCUAGACAUCGCCAUGGCUCAGGAGACCAAUCAGAGCCCGGUGCCUAUGCUCUGUGCCACCGGCUGUGGUUUCUAUGGCAACCCCCGGACUAAUGGCAUGUGCUCCGUGUGCCACAAGGAGCACCUGUCAAGACAGAACAAUGGAGGAGUCGGCUCUUUGAGUGCUGUGGGCAGCAGCAGUGGCUCCUCAGCUGAGGCUUCUGCCAUCCAGAGGUUGGAGGCCACCUUGAAUAAUGCUGCAGCCGCUGCCGUCGCCGCUGCAGAGGUGGCAGCUGAGGCCGCCGCCUCCGCCGAGGCCGCCGCCGCAGAGGCUCUCGGUGGAGUUUCGACGGCCCGUUCGGUGACGCAGCAGUUGACGGAGAUGAGUCUCUCCUACGAGGAGAAAGGAGCGUCGGGGAGUAAAGUGGAGCUCACAGAGCCGGUGGUGAGUCAGCCCACAGGUUCCGCAGGCGGCGAAGAGUCCGAGCCCCUGAAACCCAAGAAGAACCGCUGCUUCAUGUGCCGCAAGAAGAUCGGACUCACAGGUUUUGACUGCCGCUGCGGGAACCUGUUCUGCGGAAUCCACCGCUACUCCGACAAGCACAACUGUCCGUACGACUACAAAGCCGAAGCCGCCGCCAAGAUCCGCAAGGAGAACCCCGUGGUGGUCGCCGACAAGAUCCAGAGAAUAUGAAGAAGAGUUUGACUUAUGAAUACCGGGAUCGAGCGGAUGUUAAAGACAAACAAAAAUCAAGAGAGAGACUUGAGCCCAACCUUCUCUGUGAAGGAUCUGUUAUUUUUCUGGUUUGUUUCACAUUCAGGACAAUUUUCUUUUUCUCCCCCCCCCAGUGCAUGAAAGUUAUGUUGAGCUCCGUUCUUCUGUCUGGGUGUGAGGGGAGAGAAAAUGGCAGAUGUGAGGAUUAGGUGUGAAAAAAAGUCUUUGCCCCCUUUUUAGAAAACACGCUGUUGAUGGCUGUCCGGUCUGUUUUCGUGAUCCCGGGAAUCGUCCCGGCGUCGCCGGUGCUUUUUCUCGUCCGGACUCUUUGACUGUUACCGCUGUCGGCUGACGGGACCAUCUCAGCUAAUGUGCUUGCUCUCUGCUGGCUUGAGUAGCAACAUGGAUCUAUUCUUUUGUUUCUCAGAGUUAUGAAAUGCUCCUGGCUCCUGUUUUUUUCAUCCCCGGUAAGUUAUUAUAUCAAAGCGAAAGAAACGCUUCUCUCUGUGCUGCCGGAAACCCUCGUCCUCUCUGUGACUCUGAACAAAAGAGACUCUGUGGCGAGGCUUCUUCUUCUCCCCCAGCGGCUGCCGCGUCGUCGUCCUCCCCUCCAGGAUCCACAGCGAUUUUCUUUUUUUCCCUCCCGUCGAUCACGGACGGAAACGCCGCCACUCGCUCGACGACACGCUCACACGGACUUCUUGCUUUUCACGCCAUCCACUGAAGUCACAUGACACGACCCCGACUGUGACGUUCGUUUCCGUUUGUUGUUUUCCAGAAAAGUGAUUUGUAUGCUGUGUUGUUGUUGUUGUUGUUGUAUGACAAGUAGCCUACACUUGUAUUAAUUUUUUUGAGUUUGGAAAGAUUUAGCUCUACUAAUAAUUUCAUUUUUUUUUGUUUGCAAUAUUUUCUUCUAUUUUUAAUGAGAGCGGACAGAUUCACCACAUGGGGAGUGUUGGACUGCUGCGUGUCAAACAAGUGUGUGUGCUGCGUCCAAACAAGUGUGUGUGUGUGUGUGUGUGUGUGUGUGUGUGUGUGUGUGUGUGUGUGUGUGUGUGUGUGUGUGUGUGUGUGUGUGUGUGUGUGUGUGUGUGUGUGUGUGUGUGUGUGUGUGUGUGUGUGUGUGUGUGUGUGUGUGUGUGUGUGUUGUGAGGCUCGUGUGACUAGUUUGCGACCUGUGGAGGUAGGUUAUUAAUCAUUUUCCGUUGACGAUGAUUUUCCGUCUGGCUGCUUAAUGUGUGUGUGUUAAUGUUUUUUUCUUUUACCCUUUAGUUAUGCAAGUUUGUCCAAACAUCUUUAUUUAUAUACUGCAGUGCGCAUAAUCUUCCAUUAAUACAGAAUAAAUUGUAUGAUGUAAAUAAAUUAUGUUCCAAAAUAUGA